AUGACCCUGCUGGCAGGAGAUGGCUCCGAUUAUGACUACAGUGCCCUUAGCUGUGCCUCUGAUACAACCCUCAAUCCACCACCACUCCAGGAGCGGGAGGCCUUAAAGGGGGCUUUCUAUAAGAGGGCACAGCACGUUCCCGAGCUCAGCAACACCCAUGGCGAAACUUCACUGUCCAGUGCCCGUAAACUCCAUGCCAUCAUCAACGUGGGCGGCUUGCGUUACCAGCUGCCUUGGACUACCCUUGAGGACUUCCCCCUGUCUCGCCUGGGUCAGCUGCACCUCUGCAGUAGCUUCGAUGAGAUCAUGCACAUAUGCGAUGAUUACGACGUGGCCAGGAAUGAGUUCUUCUUCGACCGUAGCCCCUGCGCCUUCCGCACCAUCCUGACUUUCCUGCGGGCGGGGAAGCUGCGGUCCCUCAGGGAGAUGUGCGCUCUCUCCUUCAGGGAGGAGCUGCUCUACUGGGGGGUCCCCGAGGAGAGCCUGGAGUGGUGCUGUCGCCGUCGCCUGCUGCAGCGCAUGGAGGAGUGUGAGGACUUGGAGAGGGCGGAGGAAGAGGAGGACCUGCUGGAUGAUCUCUUGGAUACAGACAGUUACCAGAGGGCUUCCAGCAUUGCGACAGAAUCCCGAUUCAGUCACUUCAUGAGCAAGCUGAGGGACAUGGUGGAGAGGCCGCACUCGGGCCUCCCGGGGAAGAUAUUUGCCUGUUUGUCAGUACUGUUCGUCACGAUCACUGCCAUCAACCUGUCCAUCAGCACCAUGCCUUCCAUGAGGGCGGAGGAGGAGGCAGGUAUGUGUUCCCAGAUGUGCUACAACAUCUUCGUCGUGGAGACAGUGUGUGUGGCCUGGUUCUCCCUGGAGUUCACGUUGCGCUUCAUCCAAGACCGCAGUAAGCUGGCCUUCCUCCGACGACCUUUGAACCUGAUAGAUGUGGUGGCCAUCUUGCCGUAUUACAUAACCCUGGUGGUUGACAGCACCUCCACGGGGGAGAAGAGGCUGGGAUCUGGUAGCAGUUACCUGGACAAGGUGGGCCUGGUGUUGCGUGUCCUGAGGGCCUUACGUAUCCUUUAUGUGAUGCGGCUAGCUCGCCAUUCCCUGGGCUUACAGACACUGGGCCUGACAGCGCGCCGCUGCACACGGGAGUUUGGACUGCUCCUCCUCUUCCUGUGCGUGGCCAUCGCCCUCUUCUCCCCAUUACUGUACUUGAUAGAGAACGAGAUGGCCACUACACAAGAGUUCAGCAGCAUCCCUGCCACAUACUGGUGGGCUGUCAUUACCAUGACCACGGUGGGCUAUGGAGACAUGGUACCAAGGAGCAUUCCGGGUCAGGUGGUGGCUUUGAGCAGCAUCCUGAGUGGGAUCCUCCUCAUGGCCUUUCCCGUCACCUCCAUCUUCCACACCUUCUCCCGCUCCUACGUGGAACUGAAGCAAGAGCAGCAGAGGCUUUUACAGAGACGGACACACUUCCUGCUGCGGAGCCGCAUGGCCGGCCUGGGCAGCAACCUUUCCCUGGACAGCGAUAUGCUGUUCCCUAUAGGGUCAUCGGAAACCAGGGACAUGGAAGACUGA